CGCCCUCACGCAAGCCAUCCCGACACACGACACCGAUCAAGCCGCCCCAUCGACCCCCUAAAGCCUCGAAAACGAUGACGACUAUCAGCAAACGUAGAAAGUUCGUGGCCGACGGUGUUUUCUACGCCGAAUUAUCUGAAUUUUUCACCCGUGAACUUUCUGAGGAAGGAUACUCCGGAUGUGAAGUUCGAGUCACCCAUGCUCGAACUGAAGUCAUCAUCCGAGCUACCCACACUCAAGAAGUUUUAGGUCAAAAGGGUCGUCGAAUUAGGGAGUUAACUAGCCUUGUUCAAAAGCGAUUCAAAUUCCCUGAGGGAAGCGUCGAACUUUACGCUGAGAAAGUUCAACAGCGAGGAUUGUGCGCUGUUGCCCAAUGUGAAUCCCUCCGAUACAAACUCCUCGGUGGUCUCGCUGUUCGACGUGCUUGCUACGGUGUUCUCCGAUUCAUCAUGGAGUCCAAUGCCAAAGGUUGCGAGGUGGUCGUUUCCGGUAAACUUCGUGCUGCUCGUGCCAAGAGCAUGAAAUUCACCGAUGGUUUCAUGAUUCACUCCGGUCAACCCUGUGUCGACUUUGUUGACCAAGCUGUCCGUCACGUUCUCUUGAGGCAAGGUGUACUUGGUAUCAAAGUCAAGAUUAUGCGAGGCUCUGACACCGAAGGACGUAACGGUGCGCCUGCUAAGCCCCUCCCUGAUUUGGUCACCGUCUUCGACCCCAAGGAAGAGGUUAUUGUCCAACAACCUACCUCCGAAAACUCUCGUGCAACCGAAAUCAACCCUGGUCUUGGAGUCGGUCUCGAUGCUGGAUUGGAACCUGUUGCUGAGGGUAUGGAGCCACAAGGUCUCGAACAAGUUGAACCUGAGGCUGAGGAGCUUGGUGGAUAUUGAUUGUUGCAGUCUUUGUUAAUUACAUAACACCUUCAUGAUAUCGUAACAGCUUUGAUGCCGUUAUCUAUUUUUUGCCCAUGUAACACCGUUCGCUUGUCGUUUCAUGCCUUGUUCGGAAGAUGACAUGGCUCAAAGU